AAACCAAGACAUAUACCGUGUUGACUUGUAUUCCGAUUAGACAUUUUCUGAUUUAACGGCAGCAACAAUACUGGGGCAUACAGUAGCCGUUCCCUCACGUUUCGCGUGCGAGCAUGCUCUAAUGAUCGUUUUUAGCAUAAUUCGAAACUCAUUUGGGAAAGGCCACGUGACCAGGAGGCGGUAUCGGGGCGAGAGGCAUCCGUUUCAUCAGGGCUCAUUUAGUGCUGAGCGCCUGAAGGAAACGCAGGUGAAAAUGCGGGGUCCGUAAAGCAGUGCUUCGUCAGUCGGGACAAAGCAGCGCCAACGUUGGGUAUUGUCAUCGCUGGUGCGGCACACGGACAUCGCCCUGUGGGACGGAGUGCGAUGGCUGGCAGACUCGACUUAGGUUUGACUUGACACGGAAGGCGAUUAGAGAAUAUGUCGAAUUCUACGAGAGACUGUCUUCAGAUGGCACCAUACACAGACCAAGCCCAUCCUGAAAAUAAGCCUCAUGACAGUGAGGUUUCUCCGGCUAAGUCUAGUUAAAGCCGUGGCAGCAGCUCUGCGGGUUGGUGUUGGUACGUCUCCGGACGGUAGGAGGUGAGAGCCGCCAUACAGCAGCACUGAUUUCCCGCUUGUUGCUGCAGCCUGACCGGACGGGAAAUUUUCCGCGCGUGUGAGAAGAUGGUCUUUUGGAACUGGGUGAGCGACGCUGUUCAUGUUUCUGAGAAAGCUAAUCUUGAUGAGAUGGGUUAAUACUGAUGUUGGCCGUUAGCUGGGGAAACGGACCCUCUGUGUGCCAUGAAGCAGUAGAAUUUAGCGGACGUUCCUCAGAGAAUUGACCCAAAUAGCGCGACGUACGAACGGCCCCUCUUGUCUCUACAUCUGUGAAAGAAUCAGUGUCAGGAGGUGAGGGCGAAGGUUGUGAAAUUUGUACGUGCACGGAUUGUUUUGUCGCCGACAAACGCUCCGCAUAUGGGCGUGAUUGACAGGAUUCAGGUAGAAUAACAAUGAGACACGCCAAUGCCCACAGCGUGAACGCCGUUUUAUUGCAGCAACACCGCAGCCCACUUGCAGAGCCCACCAGGGACAUGUCAGGAGAGCGCUCACGUUUCUCACUCUGCCACCGUGUCAUGGGAUGAUUGAUUCGGAGCCCUUUCUUUUCUUGCAUGGUAGAUCCCAGCACAUACGUUCAAGUGCGAUUUGUACCCACAGGAGCGGAUUGCAGGCGGCUCAGGUGAGAGUGAAUCAACAUCCCGAUAACAAUCAGACAGCUGAGAUGGGGUCUUCUUACAUCUCGGGGUGAUCCAAUAUUGAUAGUGAUUGAGGCGCGGGCUUAGCCCGGACAUCACGUUAGAAACAGAAACAAUACUCCAUUGCAAGCCGCUGGAUUGCGUAACACCCUGCAGAGGCCAGCCAAUUAAAACGUCGACGUAGAUAAUUAAAAGUCCCGGUCAUUAACCCGGCCACUGCGGUGCGUGGGCCGACGUUUUACCCUCCGAUUCUUCAUCCAUCACAGAACCUAAUCAGGCAUUAUUGACUUCUUUCUUUGACCUUUCACCCCUCAGGCCGAGCUCACUUCGUCUGUCCUCCCUCUCUGUAUACAUCAAUUUGUUUAUUCAUAAUCGGCCGUAUAGAAUUUGGCACGAGAGGUGUAUGGGUGAUAUGGUGGCAGCCUGGAUGUAGCGUGACCGUUUCCUCGUGUGUUAUCCUCAGUACUUCAUCUUACGAACGUUUCUCGAUGAACACAAUUUUUAUUCGUUGAGAUGAUCACAAAGUCGCCAUGGCGAUGAUGCAGAAGCCGAACUGUCUGGUGCGAGCGGACAUGGAACACCCCGUACCAGAGUCGUAUCUGAUCGUCCGCAGCAAGGCCAUGCACCGCAGGGUCAUUCUGAACGUGGGCGGCAUCAGGCACGAGAUCCUGUGGAAGACUCUAGACAGAAUCCCUCGGUCCCGGCUGGGACGUCUAUGGGAAGCAAACACCCAUGAGCAACUGCUAAAGAUCUGUGAUGAGUACAGUCUGACAGAGAACGAGUACUUCUUCGAUCGGCAUCCGUCUGCCUUCGCAUCGGUCCUGAACUUCUACCGCACCGGCAAGCUCCACAUGAUGGAGGAGAUGUGUCCCAUCUCCUUCAGCUUAGAGCUGGACUACUGGGGGAUCGAUGAGCUGUACCUGGAGUCGUGUUGCCAGCAGCGGUACCACGCCAAGAAGGACCAGAUGUUAGAGGAGACGCGGAGGGAAGCCGAACAAUUACGGGAGAGAUCCGGAGAGGACUUCGGCAACGUCUGUUGUGCAGAGAAGAGAAAGAAACUUUGGGACUUACUGGAGAAUCCAAACUCCUCCAUGGCUGCAAAGAUCCUAGCCAUCAUCUCCAUCCUGUUCAUCGUCCUGUCGACGAUAGCCCUUUCCUUGAACACUCUUCCCAGCCUCCAGGAAAGAGACGAGUUCAAUCAUAUGACGGACAACCCUAAGCUGGCACAUGUCGAGGCAGUCUGUAUUGCAUGGUUCACAAUGGAAUACCUUCUUCGCUUCAUAUCCUCCCCAAACAAGUGGAAAUUCUUCAAGGGUCCCCUGAAUAUCAUCGAUUUGACUGCUAUCUUGCCGUAUUACGUCACGAUUUUUUUGACGGAGUCAAAUCGCAGCGUCAUGCAGUUCCAAAACGUCCGCAGAGUGGUGCAAAUUUUUCGCAUCAUGCGGAUCUUGAGAAUAUUGAAACUUGCGAGGCAUUCUACCGGCCUGCAGUCCCUCGGUUAUACGCUGAGACGGAGCUACAAAGAACUCGGACUACUGAUUCUUUUUCUUGCCAUUGGCAUCAUGAUUUUUUCUAGUUUGGUCUUCUUCGCUGAGAAGGACGAAAAUCCACAGUUCAAGAGUAUCCCAGAGGCAUUUUGGUGGGCCAGUAUCACUAUGACGACGGUCGGAUACGGUGAUAUUUACCCAACGACGCUACUCGGGAAAAUCGUGGGCAGCCUGUGUUGUGUGUGCGGCGUGUUGGUGAUCGCAUUACCUAUUCUCAUUGUGAACAAUUUUUCCGAGUUCUAUAAGGAGCAAAAGCGACAAGAAAAGGCCAUCAAGCGCAGAGAAGCGUUAGAGAGGGCCAAGCGCAACGGUAGCAUCGUCUCCAUGAACCUAAGGGACGCUUUCCAGAGAAGUAUGGAGCUGCAGGACGUGGUGGUGGACACACAAACAAACAGUCCUGACAGCUCCAUGCACGACGCAGUGUCACAAAUCCACACUCCCAGCGGGACGGAGAAGAGACAGCUCUUUUGCCCCGACACCGUCGGGAAGGGGUACGACGCCCCCGGGGGGCGCAUCGCAUCCACCCAAAGGGCAAACCCAUACGAGUUGACCUACACGCACCCCCCUCCGUAUGGGGUGUGCACCAGUCCGGUUGAAGGGGAGGACAGGGAGCGAGAAAGCGACAACGAAAGUUUUGCCAGUUGUACGACAGAAUUUAAUGAAACAGAUACUCUGUUGGCUGAAGCAAGGGCAAGAGAAGACCCUCUGAGGAACUCUUUAAGUACUGAGAGGGCGCAUCCACCACUCGUGGUCUCGUACAGUGACGGUGGAAGGUCUUCUUAUUCAUUUGAGGAGUUGCAACUUAAGGAUGGGUCUAGGAAAAGCCUCUUGAAACAAGGAGUGAGAGGAAAGCGGAUUAAAGCCAAGGUACGGAUUAGCGAGGACGAGGAGGUACUGCGGACACCGCUUCCCAUGGUGCGGACUCACAGCGCGCCACCCGCGCCACAGAUCAUUCUAAGUCCCUCAAACUUACAAGUGCCCAAGAAGGCGUACCCUCCAUCUCCGCUACCUCCUGUUUUGGCCCCACAACAUAGUCCCCUAUACCUACCACAGGAGGACCAAACACAAUCCACAGAGCCUCCUGGCGAAGACAGUAGGAACAGCACGGAGGCGGUAUCCGACACUGACAGUUCCUCCUCUCCCAAACAGAAAACAAAGACAGCAAAGAUGCGCCUGAAAGAAAAACUCGGCAAAAUGGGGUUGAGGAGUCGCCAUGGCAACGGGCUUCCUAAGAAGAAAGUCUCCGCCGUGGGAAGGCGCUCCUCAACGUCCAGUUGUGAGGAAACAGGCGCCCGGAACGGGAGCACGACGUCAGAGAGUGUGGGAAACGUUAACGAAAACUUGCAAAGUACCGUACCCGACAGUCCCUUACAAUCUUCUCCAAGCGAAAUAGAAGAUGAGCCGAAGAGAAAUCCUAGCAGGGUAAAAUUCUUUGCGCAACGAGCCGACCCAGAGGUAGAACUGAAGGGUUUGAGUAAACAUGAUGUCACAAGUGAAGUUCGGAACGAAAUGUCGGAGUCAAAGGACGUCGCCUCCUCUGACGAACCUUUGCCUAAUGGUAACCAAGAUUCGUCGUCAAGCAGCGACAAAAAUGGUAACGUUGCUAACCACGUGACGCAAGCACAGCCCAAACUUGCGGUGCAUGGGUCUGUCCAUGACGAUGGCAUGGGGGACAUGGAGACCAUGUGCUAGCACGUGUGCGCAACAAAAGUCACGUGACGACCAUGUGACUUAUUUCUUUUUGGAUGUAACUUUGGCCAGUGCUUGCAAAUAUAAAGGCAAUUGUCCGUAGCAUAAUUCUUCCGAUGCAAUAUCAGGUAACUGACUGGUGCCUUAGUCGCUCGGGCUUGGAGUAUGGUUUUUCUGAGUCUUCUCGAGUAAUACUCAACCACGGGGAAAGGCUUGUUGUAUCAGUAAUAUAGUACAGCCGCGAUUUCAAAUAUCACGGAUUUUUGGGAGCGCCUUGUGCGACCACCGACACGCCGCAAAUGAUGACACAAGCCGCUCACGGAGAUAUCGAGAACACGUUACUCUAGUUGGCUCUUUGAAAGCAUACCCGAGCCAUCAAAACACAAGCACUGGCCAUGACAAAAUAUAGCUAAGAAGUCAACUUUGGAAAACAUGAAAGCACACUACAGAAGCGUCAGAAAAACGUGGCAUUGAGGCAUUUACUGCAGCAAAUUAUGACCCAAUGAACCAGGUACCCUGCGGCCUCAUUUGCUGUCGUCUUCAAAUGACGCUUGUCGAAGUUGUCAUUCGACGGCGUCAUCAUCAGUCGUGUUGUUGUUGUAAAUGUAAUCGCGUAAUGCUCUUUGUAGAACUCUAAGAGAACGUUUACGACAAGUGAUAUUACUUGCCGUCCCUCUCAGCGAUUUUUGUUGGAGUUUUCACGUUUCCGUCACAAGUUUUGGCACAACAACAGUACCGAGAUGUUGGUGCUCAAAUGUCAUAGGGACGAAUUGAAGCGAGCAGAAAGUAAGACUCGCUCGUUUUUAGUUAUCAAGCUGAACUGUUGGUCGCAUUGAAGCCAUCUAACAAACACAGCCUGACAUAGGAGUCUCUGGUUCGAUGAAGAACUAUGUGAACUUCCAAGUGGGUACGCCCAAGACUUGCAGUCAGUCGAUAUGCUGCGCCUGAAUCGCGUUGGCAAACCAGGAGAAAACGACAAGCCUAGAACGCCUGGACACGAGCUUAGUAUGUCAGUCACAUGUUUGAAUGUUAGCAGUAACGAUUCCAUUAUGAACCCACGGAAAUGCGCAAUAUUGUUUAGUGAACUGAACUUUUACGUAGGAACGUUGCAAUUGUGUGCCCGGAAAUGGUAUCAGCCAAACACGGAUGACACACUGGGUCAACAAAACUACAGAUAGACCAAAACUACAGGUAGACCGGAGCUUCGGUAAAAAAUGACCGUGCAGUUUUGUAUGGAAGCCGUAUCAGCAUAUCACACAUUAGGACUUUGAGCUCACGGGUAAAGGACACUUUGAUCCAAGACUGUAUUCUAUAGCACCGUUAUACAAAAUACUGUAGAAAUUAGUAUCUUUGUAAAUGACUAUAUGUCAAUUUUUUCAUCAGAACGUAUCACUUGUGAUCUGUUUUAGAUACACGUCGUUCAGACAAAAGACAAUGUGAGCCACCUUGGGUACGGGGAUUUAGCAGACGCAAGGUUGGCUUGGACACACCCGCUACGCUUGCACGUGUAUAUUUGCUUUCUUUAAUAGCUGGACAUCCCGCGUAUUCACCACUCUAGUUUGCCAAGCGCAUCAUCUCAAGCUGAAAGGUUUCCGUAGGAAGAACGUAUGUCUUUCUGUAUCCGAGACGUUGGCAUACCUACAACAUCUCUGUUGUAAUUUCUGGUCAUUUUGUCGCCAUUGACAAACACUAUUCGAUCCAACGGCAAUGUUUCUUAGACAUAAACAUUUGUGACCAUGGAUUAUGGACCGCCGAGCAUUCACAGAAAAGUGCAGAACCUGUUGACAUCUUGAUUUCUUGAAAUUCAUCAAUACUCGGCAAACCUACCAACGCAAAAAAUUCUGUUUGUAACAACACGAUGGGAAACGUGUCACUUGUUUUGCUCUAUUUCCUGCCCCAAAUGUAAUAGAUUAUAUAAAUUUAUAAGCCAACGACUGCGACAACUGGACCACGGCUGCACGGACACUCCUUCCUCUCUCUGUUCCGCAUUUUCAGAAGCUUUCUCUUUGCACACCGAUCGCCUCAACAAAGGAUGGCACUAUCGUCAGCAGUUUGUCCUCUGUUUGUCACAGUUAUAUCAGACCCAUGAUUAUAUCUUUGCAAAAGAUAUGAUACGAAAAAUCUAACCUGCCUGCCUGCCUGGACAUUCUGGAUUUGCCCAUCGCAGUCCUAUAUCACAGCAAAACUAUUGACGAUGGCUGAUCUUUCGCAGGAUUGAUCCCAGAUAAAUUAUUUGUUCAUCGUUUGUUUUUCUGAAACUAUCGUAACCAUUCUUUCCCAGUAUGUGCCAGUUUAUUUCCAACAUUUGGGUCGUGGUUGCACAAAAGAAGAGCUAGCGGCAUGAACUUUAAGGCCAAUAUAUACAUAAUAUGGCCCAUAGCAAGCUAGGUCUAACUACAGUGUGGCUCAGUGCGAUAAUAGCGGUGUAUCCAAUAUUUUCCUCUGUAUCUCUGGAAUGAUUCAUUUCAAAUAUUUUACACAACAAAAGAAUCAAUAAUCAAAUGUACUCACAGAAUAUGGUGACAGGAAUUUCCGCUUGAUUUAAAAAAACAAUUUAAGUGCCUGGUGCACAUAUUCGCUUACCUGAGGAUUUUGUCUUAUUCGCUGCAUUUAGAUUUGCCUUACGAUAAACUGCCCUACAGUCUAUAUCUGUAGACAGAAAUGGCGGAAGUUGAUGCUUAUAAGCUACUUAGUCUGCUUACAUGUAAUACGAUGCAUAUUGGCGUGUAUGAAAAACCAGAGUUUUGUUAUAUUUCACCACGCAUCUUGUUCGUGAUAGAAACCAUGAACACAUGCAAUGCUAUUGCUAGAUCACGUUUGUUUUCGAAAGCACAAUAUGAGUCAGCAGCGUUUCAGUCAUCCCGUUUUUAUUCCUACCUUCAAUAGCAAAUGUUGACUGCACAUAGUAUCAUAUGUCGUCUGACAUCUAGCCAAAAUAUGCAUCGCUGGGAACUCAAACAGUUCUAUAAUCACGUGUAAAACCUCCAUGCGUCUCUUUCUUUGCCUACAUGAAAAGGGUGGAUACGACUUUGUAUAUGUACAUAUGUGUAUCAAGUGAAAUGAAACAAACUUGAAGAUAGAAAUUAAAAUUGACGAAACCUC